AUGAGUGUUUCCGCCCUUCCAACAGAGCUGCUCAGUAUGAUCUUUGAUGAGAUCCGAAGAAAAGAGGAUAUGCAAGCCGUUUCUCUCGUUUGCCACAAAUGGCGCGUUAAUCUUGCGCCGCUGAUGUGGUACACGUUGAACACCGAUCUUCUGCUAAGCAAAUCUCAGUCCAUGAAAGCACUUGUCAAUUCGCAGAGCUUGAUACUCCCUCAUAUCCGACGGAUUAUCAUAGCAACACCCCGACGAGUCGCGGGCGAUUCGUUUGAAAUGGACCAAAUCGAGCACAAAUUACGUCUACUGUUAACGUCCCUACCUCGCGACCGAAUCACGCACUUCAUGGCCAGCACGUUGAGACCCAGCCGUCAUACUAUCCACAUGCUUCUCAAAUCCCAGCGGAAGCUCGAAGAAUUGAACGUCCGCAUCAGGUCCGACGAGGCCUUCACGGGCAAGGGGCCACUUCCUCUCCACACAGCUGGUCCUUCGAUGGAGCCUCCACUGAAAGACCUCACUGGACUAGCUGUAUAUGUUCAUUGCCAUCCGAAGAUAGCGAAAAACUCUUUUGAGUACUACCGCAAACUUCUCACAUACGUUCCCAAGCUGCGGACCCUCUCCUUAGCCGGCACGUUCGAUGAAUAUCGGCCAUUCGACCAGCUGAACCUGCUUCACAUCCUACAACCCGACGUAAGGGAGCUCACCCUGACAAGUCUUACUACCUUACUUCUGAAGCAUAUCGACCUCGGUAUUAGCCACAAGCCAAUUUUCAGCAACAUCGAGUUUGCUAACCUUCGCACGUUAUCACUGAUUAACUGUAGUGACAUGGCCCGCUUCUUGGGCGGCCUCCUGAUACGACGCGCCAAAAACGACUGCGGCUAUCUUUCCGAUCUCUCUGAGUUGGAGAUUUCAUUCAAUCCCAAUUCGCCCUAUCCCGACGAUGACGUCCAGGUUGUGCAACACUUCCUUGAGACUGGUCCGAAGCUCGAGAAGCUCAUCUUGGACGUAUCGCGCCACGCCUUGAUAAACAGAAACGCUAUAAUCGCCCAGUCCAAUCUCAAGUCCUUGGAACUGGGGACGGGAAAGCUACGGCCUGCGCGUUCGUAUGCAGUAGAAGACGUCAAAGCGAUAUUGAGCGCCUGCCACGAGCUCACACACAUCGCUCUAAACCUCCCUGCAGUGAGCCUAGGAUCCCUUAUCGAUCUAGCUCACGACUUCAAAUUGGGAAGGCCCCAAAACUGUCUCACACAUGUAGAGACCGAGUUCGAAGCCAUGCUCACCGUACUCGCCCAACACGCCCCUCUUCACACCCUCCGCAUACUGAACCUCCCAACUUUCGACAAGACCGAAAGACCACACAGACCUGACUCGCUCAACGCUACCGAACACCGAUUAGCCCGCGUUCUGUACCAGAAUUACGCAACGGAGAUCAUGCGCUUCAUGGCAAAGCGCGGUACCGCACCCAUUGUUCUCGACACCCGGCCUACCAUCACAUACCAGCUCUUCGAUGAGUGUCUAUGGCCUACAUAUCUGUUCAAUAAAGGCCAGCUGAGGGUAAAGGAGAAGGAGCGAGCAAACCUUUGGACGUUCAGCGACACCAAGUUGCUACCGCUUCGCCUAAGGCACGAAUACAAGUGA